AUGGUUGCCCACAGUGGCAAGACCUGGUGUCGCUGCGGCACCUGCAACCAAGAGUUCUGUGAAGACGACAAAACCCUACCAGCCAAACUGACCAUUGGGAAGGAGGAGACGAGCGAAGAGGAAAAUCAAAAUAGCAAUCCACAACAGGUGAACCCCAAGGAAGAUUCGGCGGCUGCUGCUACGGAGGCGGAAGCCUCCCCAGAAGACGGAGAGGCCGCCAACGGGGAGGCUGAGGCAGCGCAGCCAGUUGAAGAGUCCCUCGAGCCAUACGCCGCCACGCUGCCCAUUCUCACCCUCUGCCGCAUGCUGGAGACCCACGAGGGACGCCACUGUGAGCAGCUACGCCCGCCCAAACGCAUCCUCUACCUGCCGACCAAACUGCUACAACAGAUUCUCCACAGCUGCGGCCAACAGGCUGCGCAGGUAGCCACCUGGCUCAAUGAGGCCUUUAUGCAGCCUGCCCACCUGGAUGUGAAGCCAUUUCGGUAUGAGGACCCCAAUGACACGAAGAAGAACAAGCGUGGCCCCCGCCUCGACCCCGGCGUCGAUCCCCUGACCCCGGACGGUCUGGAGUGCGCAGUCACUUCCCUGCAGGGCCUCAUGGAGCGGGUGGGCAAGAGCCUCGAUGUGGACGGAGGCGGCGCCGGUGAGGGCAACGAGGGGCCGGGCCGCAUCGGGGCUGGAACAGCCUCGGAUGCAGCCGGCAUAGACGCCACCUCGGCGACCGCGACCGGCGGCACUAGUGCAACCACGCAACAGACCGGAAGGGAGAGGAACAAGCUGCCCAGCAAGCUGGCGAAACUUUUUGCCCAGCUGGGCGAGCGCAAUGCCAUCGCGCAGGCGGAGAUUGAAUUUAAUGAAACCCUAUGA